GCGGGCGGGGGGGCGAGUGCGCCCGCGAGAUCCAACGCCAAAGAGGAGGCGAGGAGGGAGGCCACCAUUUGGCAAGCCAAAUAUAAUCAGACACUGUGGGUACUUCGGGGGCAGCGGGGGCCGGAGCCCGGGCCACAGAAGGAGGACCUGCAAGGUUUGAUGGGCGAUAUCGUUCAAGUCACCGGCGACAUCCACGCCCAGAUGCGUUCGUUUUCGUCUUUCGAUGUCAAGAGCUUCCGGCCCGUGGGGAUCGCCCGCACGUCGUCCAUUGCAGACAACUUCGACGAACGUGUGAGGCGGUGAUGCGACUGUUGAAGUUUGGUCUCGAUUCGUCCACGACCGCGGGUGCGCAAUCGUUGCAGCGGUUGGAACCCAUCGCCACAGCCAUGGCGGACGCGCGAUCCAGGUUUCGACUACUCUCGUGCGGAACAGUGAUGUGUUUCCGGACGAGUACCAGCAGGUGGCACUGCCGAGGUUGCCGAACGAGGACUUCAAAUUGUGGACAACGGCGAUCAUCACCUGGAUAUACCCCUUCACGAAGAUGCAUUAUCCGCCGGAUACGUUCGACGGCCACACCUUGCCGCCGGUGCCCGAGUUCUCCAACAUCAAGGACUUCUGUGAACGGGGGGUGAACCUAUUCCGGCUGAUCCUGAGUGAAGGGGGAUCCCUCCCCGGGACACGAGGGUCGCGGGGCGGGAGCGGCAAGCGUGAGGCGGGCCAACUGGAUCGGGGUGAUUCAUCGUCACGGAAGCGCGUCUCGAGGGAGUGCUUCCAGUUCCGCGACCCUGGCACGUGCACUCUCGGCGACAAAUGCACGUUUGAGCACGUCAAGCGCCGAGACUCGUCAAGUACCGGAAGUGGCGGUGGUUGGGGCGGGAGUCGUGGUGGAGGGGGGCGCUCGUCGGCUGGUGGUCAGGGGGACGGCGUCUCCCGUGGAGGAGGACAGGCUGACGGUGGCGACGGUGGCGGCUCGUCGUCGGCCGUGGUGGUGCGGGGUGGCAGCAACUAGGGGUGCGGGCUCCGCCAGCUGGCGGGGCCAACUCCUGUGUCGACCCAGCUGAGAGGCCGCAACAGCAGCCAGGUCAUAGGGAGAUGGCGUCCCGGGCCUUGGCCGUCGUGGGGAUUCGAGGCGAGCGCUGCGAGGGCUUGCCCGGAGUGGCUUCCGACUUGGAAUCAGGUACGAGGCAAAGUUUUGAAGAGGUUUCGCCAUGUGAGGUUGAAGAUUGGCGUGUGGCUGUGUCUGCGUUGGCUGAGUGUGAAGCUGCAGAACGGUAUGUCCAUCUUCACUCUGUGGCGCACGUGGGUUCAAACUUGCUUCGACGGUGUGAGGGACGCGUGGAAAGGUGGGAACCUUGACGCCGAAGUGGUUGCACAGAGAUCGGAUCACAGAUAAAGUUGUGUCAGACGUGAUAUUGGGGCGUGCGCUGAUUUUCGAUGUUCACUUCAUCCGAGAAAUCUUAGGAAUCAGAGUGUCGCCGUUGGGCGUAAUCGACGAACCGAAGUUCAGAAUUAUUCACAAUCUCACUUUCACCUCUGGCGUGCCAAUCCGUACGAGCGUAAAUCAUGAUGCAGACUUCGAUCAAGCACCUAAAUGCCUCCUGGGUCAUGUGUUGAGUGACAUUCUGAAGCGGGUGCUGUAUUUGCAACAACUACACGGGGUGUCGUUGGAAAUUCUGAUCUGCUGCAUUGAUGUCAAAGAAGCCUUCCGACAAAUCCCGGUGGAUCCGUCUCGGNUUCACAAUCUCACUUUCACCUCUGGCGUGCCAAUCCGUACGAGCGUAAAUCAUGAUGCAGACUUCGAUCAAGCACCUAAAUGCCUCCUGGGUCAUGUGUUGAGUGACAUUCUGAAGCGGGUGCUGUAUUUGCAACAACUACACGGGGUGUCGUUGGAAAUUCUGAUCUGCUGCAUUGAUGUCAAAGAAGCCUUCCGACAAAUCCCGGUGGAUCCGUCUCGGGCAUCGGUUUUUGGGUACACGAUCGGAGAUCACGUGGUUGUUGACCUACGGUGUCAAUUUGGAUGGCGGUCGAGCCCAGGGUUUUGUCCUUGUUCUCCUCCACCUUGGACCACUCACACACACACUACAUUUCAGGAAGUUUCCGUCUCUCCCGCCGGUGCUGCGGCUGUGUAGCAUGUUCAAGCAUUGUCCCCACCAGACGAAAGUACAGCGAUGCCGUUACCUGUUGAUUGCCAGACUAAUGUGGGUGACGAGGUGUUUGCUGGUUCUCCGUUUUUCGUGCGAUACUACGUCGAUGAUGAUGUGUUAAUUGAAGGGCGAUUUUUCGCUGAUGGUCACCGAUGUUUGCGCGCGGUGCAUUUUCUCGCUACGGAUCACUUUCGUCUGCUGGGAGAGAGAGGCCCAGCAGACCCGCCGUUGUUGUCGCAAGGGAAGAUAACCGAUUUCGCUACCCGUUUGGAUGUGUUGGGUUGGACAUUAGACACUCAGCAACUCACGAUUACUAUGACCGACACGAAACAGCAGAAACUGGGACGCAUUUUGGCUGCGUGGCCCGCGACGCGGAGAGCCGCUACAGCUCGUCAAGUGGCCGAGUUGACAGGGUUUCUCAUGCACGUUUCGUUCGUGUUGCGGCCAGGAAAGUUUUUCGUGUGGCGCCUUUUGUCUGCGGUAGGGAUGCCUGCUUCGUCUGCUUUCGCGUCUCAAGUGCUGAGCCCGAACAGAUGGGUAGUGCUGGGUCCAGUAUUCCACGAUGACCUCGAAUUUUGGCGGUGAUUCCACCGGCGUGGUCUCUCGUUGCGCGGCGGAAGUUUGUGUGCACCCAUGUACAACAUUU